AUGCCGCGGCGCCACCCCAGCCUGCUGCAAUGGGCACAGAUCUCGCGCACUGUGGUAGCUGCACGGCUUCCCCGUGCCUGGGCUCUAGGCCAGCAUGUUGCUCUGGUGUCUGUACAGAUCUGGCGACUGAUUUUGACCACUGUGGAUCUUGUGCGGGGAGUCCGUGUACUGGAAUUGAUCCGGAUUGCUGCUCGGGGAAAUGUGUAG